CAUGGGGGCGGGGACGCAGGAAAGCUCCAGAAUCCCAGGUCGAGGGCUAACAGUCUUCCGCCCACUCUGUGCUCCUUUCCGGUUCUCAAACCCCAAGCAUGGAGGAAGGGAGGUUGGCGAUAGGAGCCUGAGUCCGGAGGCCGGGCAGUCUGUGUGCUGCAAAGAACCGAGUGGACCUAACGCUGUCUCAGCCUCCUAACGCCGGCAGAAGCUCCUCGUCGCGCUUCCUGUUUCGUCAUGGCGAGAUUCUGGCUGUGCGCGGGCUGCACUGUCCUUUUCCUUGCAUUUCUGAAUUUACAUUUGCGCUUUUCUGGCUCUUCGGUUUUAAGAGAGUUUAUUUUUCAAAUUUCCUGGAGAAGUGAGGAAAUUCUUUACCAGCUGGAUGUGGGUUGGCCUAAGCAUUCAGAGUACUUUACUGGAGCAACAUUUUGUGUUGCAGUUGACUCCCUGAAUGGACUACUUUACAUAGCCCAAAUUACUUCCUUAAAUGUCUUUAUUUGCAUUCCUGUUUUUAUAGGAUCCUUUGGUCAUACUAUUAAAAAAUAUAAUUCCCUUGGUGAUCUUGUUCAAGUCUUGGGUACCCCAGGCAAAAAAGGCACUGGUUUGAAUCCCCUGCAGUUUGAUAACCCUGCAGAAUUAUAUGUAGAGGACACAGGAGAUAUUUACAUUGUGGAUGGAGAUGGAGGAUUGAAUAACAGAUUGAUCAAGUUGUCCCAAGAUUUCAUGAUGCUUUGGUUGCAUGGAGAAAAUGGGACAGGGCCUGCUAAGUUCAACAUACCUCACAGUGUUACAGUUGAUUCAUCUGGCCGGGUAUGGGUUGCUGACCGAGGAAAUAAAAGAAUUCAAGUAUUUGAUAAAGACACUGGAGUGUGGUUAGGGGCAUGGAAUAAUUGUUUCACAGAAGAGGGACCUUCUUCAGUCAGAUUUACUCCUGAUGGGAAAUAUUUGAUUGUAGCCCAGCUGAAUCUUAGCAGGCUCUUAUUUGUGGCAGCACCCCCAGUGGGAAGCAUUGGCUACUGUUCUGUGAUAAGCUCAAUCCAACUAGCAGAUCAAGUUUUACCUCAUCUCUUAGACGUCAGUGGAAAGACUGGAGCAAUAUAUGUAGCAGAAAUUGGAGCAAAACAAGUACAAAAAUAUGUCCCUUUGAAAAGCUAAUUUCCUAUAAUUCCAUUUAUUAUGUAUCUCUCCCUGGAGAUCUUGCAAGUGAAAGUUCAGAUUCUCAAAUUCACUGUUAAGUAAUGUUCAAGCGCAAUAAUUCAUGUUUUUAUUUUUACCCGAUCUAGUAUCACAAAAUUUGUUUUUAUAAAGUCAUUAAGAAUUUUAUGUUGUGUCAACCAUUCUUGUAACUUGAGAAACAAAUGUAACUCUAAAAAACAUGGGGUCAAAAGAGGGACUAAGGUGGAAACAUAGUUAUUUGUCCUGAUAAACUAUCCUUGGGAGAUGGGGGAGAAACAAAAAUAAAAAAUGGGUCUUUCGGAUAA